CAAACACACAACAACCUCUGAAGUGGUAUCACAGAUUCUCAGACCGCAAUUAUGUCUUCCGACGAGAUCGUCUGGCAGAUUAUAAAUCAGCAGUUCUGUUCAUUCAAAUUAACGACAACAAAAGAGAAGAACUUCUGUCGCAAUGAAUAUAAUGUCACCGGCCUCUGCAAUCGACAAAGUUGUCCACUGGCGAAUAGUAGAUAUGCUACUGUCCGUGCAAACCCAGAUACUGGAACUCUCUACCUCUACAUGAAGACGAUUGAGCGAGCACACACGCCGAGCAAGCUAUGGGAACGAAUUAAGCUGUCACAGAACUAUGCGAAGGCCCUACAACAGAUCGAUGAUCGUCUGAUCUACUGGCCGAAGUUCCUGAUCCACAAGUGCAAGCAAAGACUCACGCGAUUGAUGCAAGUCGGGAUUAGGAUGCGGAGAAUUGCCAAGGAGGACGAGAGGUUGGGAGAGAAGCUUGUUCCUAAGUUGGCGCCGAAAGUCAGAAGACGUGAAGAAACAAGAGAGAGAAAGGCAGAGGCUGCUGCGAAGGUUGAGAGGGCCAUUGAGCGAGAGCUUAUCGAGCGGUUGAGAAGUGGCGCUUAUGGUGAUCAACCUCUCAACGUCAGUGAGGCUAUUUGGAAGAAGGUGCUGAAGGGUCUGGAGAGAGGAGGAGAGGGAACUAGAGACGAGGAUCUGGACGAGGGUAUCGAGGAGGAGGAAGGAGAAAUGGAGAAUGAAGAAGAGUUUGAGGAUGAAGAGGGUGUUGGAGAUGUGGAGUAUGUCAGUGAUCUUGGCGAAGAUGAAGAAGAUCUCGGAGACAUUGAGGAUUGGCUUGGAAGCGAACAAGACGAGGAGACUGGUGCAGAAGACGAUGAGGACAGUGAGAGUGAUAGCAGUGAAGAAGAGGCUGCUGGAACAAAGAGAAAGAAGGCACCAUCAUCCAAACCCAAGCCGAAGCCAAAAAAGUUCCCAAGAAUGGAAAUCGAGGUCGAAGAGGAGUUCGAAGCACCACGAAGAGAAUUGGCACACGCAUAAUUUAGAUAACCUUAUUCUGUAUGCAUGGCGUUGGGGCUUUGUCAAAAUGCGGGGUAUUGUAGAAAGUUAUGUGCAAUUCUGGCUGCUAUUACUCAAGUAGCCUAUCCAGAUACCAAUAAGAC